CACAAACUUUCAGACUUUGUCGAGUUCGUGUUCUGAUCCGCUCGGCCCGUCUCUCUCUCUUUCUCUCUCUCGGUUCGGUUCGGUUCCGGUCGGGAUGUCGGUGACAGUAAAGGCCUACCUGCUGGGGAAGGACGAGCAGGUGAAGGAGAUCCGCCGGUUCGCGGUGGACCAGGAGGUUUCCUGCAGCUUCGAGUACCUGAGCCGGAAGGUGGCGGCCGUCUUCUCCAACCUGAGCGGCUCCACCUACAGCCUCUUCUAUAAAGAUGAAGAUGGAGACCUGGUGGCGUUCUCCUCCGACGAUGAGCUGAUGAUGGGGCUGAGCUUCGUGAAGGACGCCACGUUCCGCCUCUACAUCAGAGAGAGGAAGGAGCACCGUCGGGACUUCCCUCUUCACGCCUUCCCCCCCUUCGCCUUCGGCCCCCCUCCUCCUCAUCAUCAUGGCCCCGCCCACACGGCCCCGCCCCCCCACAUGGCCCCGCCUCCCGCCGUCCACCCUAACGUGACGUGCGACGGCUGCGAAGGCGCGGUGGUGGGAACGCGCUUCAAAUGCUCGGUGUGUCCGGACUACGACCUUUGCUCCUCCUGCCAGGCUCAGGGGAAGCACACUGAGCACGCUCUGCUGCCCAUCUGGCACCCCCUGCAGCACUGGUUUCCUCGGGGGAAGUGGAUGAAGAGGAUGAGACACUGUGGAAUGUGGAACCAGAACCAGGAGCAGAACCAGAACCAGGAGCAGGCCGGGGCUGCUAAACCUGCAGCGGACAGCAGUGCCCCCUCUGCCUCCCAGGCCAGCGUGGACUUCCUGAAGAACAUCGGUGAGGGCGUGGCCGCCAUGCUGAGCCCGCUGGGCAUCGACGUGGACAUCGACGUGGAGCACGAAGGUCAGAAGACCAAGGUGACCCCGCCCACUCAGAGCGGCGCAGGGCCAGGUGACGUAGAGAUGAACGAAGAUGGCGGAGCCAGCAACGAGGACGGAGUCAACCAAGGGUCAAAGGUCAGUCAGCAGCUUUACAAACCCUGGAACCGAUCAGGGAUCAAUGAGUUUCUGAUCAGAACUCCUGGCUGCGUGAGCCGGGACUCUGACGAGGAGUGGACUCACCUGAGCUCCAAGGAGGUGGACCCGUCCACAGGUGAGCUGCAGUCGCUGCAGCCGGAGGGCCGGGAGCCACCGGAGCCCGGGGCCCCGCAGCAGGGGCCCACCGGCCUGCGGGAGGCCGCGCUCUACCCACACCUGCCUCAAGAAGCCGACCCGCGUCUGGUGGAGUCGCUGGCGGCCAUGUUGUCCAUGGGCUUCGGCGACGAAGGCGGCUGGCUGACUCACCUGCUGCAGGCCAAGAACGGCGACAUCGGCGCUGCGCUCGAUGCCAUCCAGUACGCCAAGCAGCCCCGCCCACACCAGUGACAUC